AACAUGGGAUUCUGGAAGGUUGUCAUGGAGGGCCCCGAAGGAUCGCCAUACGAAGCAGGUGUGUUUCUGCUUUACCUGGAUAUCGGUCUCGACUUUCCAAGGGUUCCCCCAGCCGUUCGAUUCAUCACACCAAUCUUGCAUCCGAAUAUCUCCAAGCACGGCCGAAUCUGCCACCCUAUCUUCGAUCGCGAGUGGACCGGCUCACGGCGCAUCUAUGAGAUCUUGAUGCACAUUUAUGGGCUGCUUAUGACCCUUGAAUCUCGAGACACCAUCGACCCGAUCGCAGCCCUCAAGUUCUACACAGACCCUGAAGAAAGCCAGCUCCAAGUGCGCCGCUACAUCGACCGAUUCGCUACGAAGACGAGGGCGGAGCAUCGCGAGGCUAUUACUGCUAAUCACGAUGACACAACAAGAUCGGCGUUGUCAACGAUUACGAGCGUGUCGUCGUCAACGGUCACGUUUCGCACCCCUUAAUGGUCGCCAGCUCCUAGCAGCACCAUUUUCGAUCAGCGCGUCGCUGCUCGAUCGACGCCGGGCGUCAGGCCCCCGCCGCUGAUUGGGAUGUUAUCGCGUCCGCCUACUAGUAGCAGCAUGCCGGACGGGAGUCCGAGUAGCGAGACGGACACUGGC